UUCCUUUUUAAACCUACCUACAAUCAUUUUAACUUGGAUGCAACCACCUCAAUCCAUUUCAUAAUUUGUGAGAGAAAGUCAAAAGCUAGCUAACAUGCAAAUGGGUUUCAGAGUCCUAUCACCUUUUUCUCUUCUAAUCUUCCUUAAUCUAGCAUCUUCAUAUGCUAUUAAGAACAUCGUGCCUUCAGAAUUUGUGCAGAAGAACAAGUUACAAGAUAAGGGAAUAUAUGGAAGUAAGAUGGAAGGAGGUGGUGUACAUGGAGGAGGCGCUCAUGGCGGCCAAUCACAUGGAGGAGGAGCAGUCAUACCUAUUUAUGCAGCCGGUGCUGCAAAUAAAAAUCACCAGCCUCCAAGUCAUCGUGGUGCUGCCGACUGCAACCUCAAUAAAAUCAAAUUUUCCUCCAUGCUUAUGAUGAUCUUUGUUUAUCCUCUCACACUGCUUUUUUUGUUAACAUAGUAAGCGCAGAAACAGUUCAGUAAUGUUUUCAACAGUAAUGUUUUCUAGUGAUCUAAUAGUGAGUGAGUGAUUUAUUUUGUUCAGUUAGCAUUUGUUACAUUAUGCUGGGGAAGAUAUUUUGUUUAAACUGCAAAGAAUGUUUACAAGCGCAAAAUAUCAAAUUAGCAACAUAGAAAGGCAAUCAAGUUCACAGAUUCUAUGUUGGCAGAAGGUGCUGACUUUGUGUAUAUCUAGAUCAGCAGUUGUAAGUCUGAAAGAUACAAAUUGGAUUGGUAGUGACAUGAUGCACGAAUAUUAUCAUUUUUCAUCAUUGAUUCCUCUGAAGAUACCGAUUUGAAGCAGAGUUUGCAAGUUGAAUGUAACAGUUUAUACAGAUUACAGAGCACUAUUGUUGUUCAUCUUUAGUAAUAAUGUCCACAGCAAAAUUGCCUCCCAUAAUAUUUUUAGACUUAUUUUCUCCGCUCAA